AUGAGCUCCAUCAGCAGCGGCAGCAGCAGCACCUCAGGUGCCACGCCCUUCUCUCUGGGUCCCUCAAGCUCUACCUCUCGCAGCCCUUCUGCCGAACCUCCCUUCUCCACCUCUUCCAACAAAAGGCAACGCCGGCUCACGCUCCAAGACAUUCAUAUCCCUGCCGGCUUCGAGAUUGCCAAGAACCUCGACGAUGUCGGCACCGAGUAUCCCUCGGAAGAGAACAUCCAGAAGGCUGCCGAAGUGCUCCAAUCUCUCCGCGGCCGCAUGCCCGACGGCUCAGAUGGGCAAGUAGCCGCCUGCGACUAUUGCAGACGCCGCAAGAUCCGCUGUGAUCGCAUCAAGCCCACUUGCGGUAGCUGCGUUGCAUCAGGCCGAAAGUGCACCACCGAAGACAUGCUCCGCAAACGUGGCCCGCCCUCCAAGAAGGAGCGCGCCAUCCUCGAAGCUGCCGGCAUUAUCUUCCGUGGGACCAGGCCACACCGCAGACGCAGGACAGCAACUACAUCGCUUGGGUCCGGCGCCGCCAGCAAGCAGCAGGAGCAGCUCCUCCGAAAGGUCAAGGAAGUCGCGGGCACAAGGACUCGCGCCAACUCGACCAACUCUGGCGAGAACGCAGCUGUCACCAGCCUGGCCGACGGUCUGGAAACCGCCACACAGAGCUCCUGGAUGGAGAUGUUGAGCAUCGCCACCCAGUCCGCUAACCCUUUCGCCGAUUCGCCGGGCUCUUCGCCUUCUGACAUUUCGGCUCAGGAUGCCUUCCACGUCGACGCCGGUGCUUGCGACUACAUCCUGCCCGUCCAGGUCGACGCGCUACUACCCAUGCCUUCGCACAACAACGCACCGUGGGACAAUACGUGGGCGACGUUCGGCGCCGACCUUCGCAACAAGUACGCUGGAGGAGCAUCGACGGGUGCGACCGAGCUGCCCAACCUGUCGGCUUUCGCUUGCAACGCCAAUGUCGACACCAAGGAUGGCCUGUUCAGAUCACCGCUCUCGUCGUUCGACGCAGGGGCGCUUGACUGGUUGGGCUCCAACAUGUCGCCUUCGCUGUACCAAGUCAUGUAUUCGCAAGGCCCUUCUGCCGGCGGCGCGCCUAUGCCCGAGCAGCAGCAGCAGCAGCAGCAGCAGCAUCAGCAUGAUGUUGACAUGGCGAUGGCUCAUGUCGACCCGCAAAUGAUGGUGCCCUCGUCCCAUCCUCACAACCUGCACUUGCACCUGCAGCCGCCGUCGAUGCAACACGCACAUGCACUGCAAUCUUUCGUCAGCUCGCCCACCAGCAUUGCCGCUGAGACCGUCGUCUUCCAGAACGCCAUGGGUCACUUUUUCCCUAAGCAGCUCUCAUCGUCCGCGUCGCUCUCCAACAUGUCGUCGUCGUCAUCUGCCACCGCUGAAGUGAGCACACCUUCCGAGUUGGACCAGUUCAUCUCGAUGGGUGAUCACCACCCACAAAACGUGAACCAGCAGCACCAGCAGCUGCAGUUUGCUCUUUCUUUUUAA